GCAUUAACAAGGAAAAACAUUCUUUAACAAGAAUUGUCUUUGUUUUGAUUCAUUUAUUCCAUCGGAAAAGUGGUUUAUGCAAGCAAGACGCUGCUUAACCCAAAGAUGUAAACAUAAUAAUAAUUGUUAUACGAAGCGUUAAAGCUCCUAUUCUCUCGCCUCUGCAGUCACUGUUGGAGUAUUCUAAUCCGAAUAUCCUUUUAUUUCCUUGCCAUAAGUCAAAAGACAUCAGCUGCGUUCACGUUUGUGAGCCUACCAACAAUGUGAGUUCGUUUAUUGAGCAAAAUGACUGUGAGACAGGCACUUAUUUCACUCGUUCUUGUUUAUUCGCUGGUCGAACAUUCCAUUUGCCAACGAGUUAACCUUUCCGAAGAGGGAAAACCAGCGCCUCCGUUAACACAAAAACCAAAUUCUGGCAAUAGCAGCUCUACACUCAACCAAGAUGGAGCAUCUCCACCGAAAGAGGCUGAACAGGAAGACGAGGCUCUUGAUUACUACAGGGUCAUUCCGGCCAGCGGCACCAUCUUGAUAUUCCUUGGAGGUAGCCUCUCCAUAUUCAUUUACGAGAGAAACAAAGAAUUAGCGAAAAAGCGCAAAGAGAGCGAUGAUAUUGACGAAUCUGAAGACGACGAAAUGAGUGCAGCUUGGCUGUCGACGGUUGCGAAGAGAAAUCGUCGUAAAAACAAUGUUUUUGAUAAAGUUAGAAGAAUGUCAAUUGCGAUAAAAUCUCAAGAGCCACAUCGAGAUUUGGAAAAAGAGAGAAAGUACAAAAUAUAUGAUGAAAUGCUUGAGAAAUACCGUGAAACGUUGCGAGUGUUGAGACGCGGAGCAAAGCCUGCAUUAGCUACUGAUGAGCGACCCGCUGCAAGACUUCGAAGACUGGCUGAGCUACAUAAGCAACGAACAACGGAUACACAAAUGAGUGAAGACAGAAUGGAAGGAAGCUCAAAGGAUGAUUCCUCUGUCACUCAAGGAGAUCAAUAUACAUUAACACUUCAAAUCCUGCAAAAUGAAUAUCUCGAAGAAGCAAUUGAGGUGGAGGAUCAAAUUCAAGACAUAGCGGAAAUUGAAGAUGGAGAUGAAAAGGAAGAUGAGUCAGAAAUUGACCCUACACUGCUAACUAGAAGAAGACGUAGCUCAAGAUUCAGAAAACAAGCAAUAAUUGAAGAAGAUAGUCAAUUUGAGCGACCAUCAAUUCUCAAGAAAACUGCUAUGUAUCAGAGUUACAUGGCAUCCCAAGACGAUAUGCUGAAUGUCGAUGAACAGCAAGAAACAGAAGAAAAAGAAGAUGAUGCAGAGCUUAUCAAAGUCCUGGAAAGCAGUUCCCAGUCAGAGAUAUCUGCAUUGCACAGGAUUCAGCAACGGUUGCGACCCAAGUCUUUCAUAGAAAAUCUCGCAGCUAUACACAGGGAGACAAUGGGUAUUCCGAGUCCCCGUGCAUCUUCCAUGACUGCUCUUGCUCAUCUUGGUGCAACGGGUGGUUCAAAUAUCCGAUUAGACUUUUUAAAGGACGAAGCAAAAAUUAAGAACACACUGAAAAAAUCGCCGGCAGAAUCAAAGAGUCCGAAGCUAAGAAGAAAACAGAAAGCCAGAAAUAGGCCUACCUCAUUGUACGAAACAAGCGUGGUUAGACGAAAAUUAUCACAGGGUAAGAAAUCACGUACCCGACCGGCAUCUUUGUACGUGCAGCAUCGAAUACAAGAGGCUAUACCGGAAGCAAUUACAUCACCGGGCGAGGUUGAGAUCUCAGGUAUGCCACUGCAGAAAAGUGCAUCUUUAGGAGAAAAGAUAAUUGGAUCUCUGCAUGACAUUCGCUUCUCAAAGUUGACUGCUGAUGAGGAAGACACGGUCAUAGCGCAGAUUGAAAAGAGCCUUAUAGCUCAAGUUUGUGACGAGAACGACUUGUCGACAGACGAAAUUAAGGCCCUGGAGUCUCUUCUUGAGGAUGUGGUUACAUAUUCGAAAGAAGGAUCAACUGAAGCUAAGCCAAAAGUUUCGAAGCAAUAUAGCUUUACUGACUCUGUAUCAUUGCUUGGUGAUAUGGAGGAUCGAGAGACGGAAGAGGCAGAUGAGAAUGAGGAGAACGUCUUGAUGUCAUUAAAAGACCCAACGCCAUCGUCAUCAACAAAAAGACUUUCGUAUUCUGCCUAUGACAAUGCGUGAAGUAUCCCAUGACUGGCGGAAACAGGUAGCCAGAAAAUGAUUACACUGCUAGUUGCCAGACAACUAGCUCUUGAAUUACCUGCUCUACUGUGGUAUUUUGAUGCUGUGUGUGUUCAACAGUGCCAUGAAAUCUUCCUGGCACUUUGAUUUUCUUCUCAAAUAUUUAGAAAAAAAUUCAUUCCAGUUAAAAAAAUUCAUGAAACUUGAACUUUAGUUAAAAUAGAAUCUAUUAGAAUAGUUGCUAAUGUAAGAAACUCAACGAUUAUAACUUGAGAUUGACAAACUGCUAGCAGCUUUUACGCAAAAGUAGCCCUUUUACAACUUGUUCUGGUAAGGAGGGAAAAUGCUUCGAAAAAUUAAUUUAAUAAAGAUUGCAAUGGCAGAUAGCAGAAACGUAGGACAUUCAUUAUAUACCACCACUAUACCAGUUGUACCAUUGUCCCAUCACAUGUACCAUUUCAACGGUAGGCAACCUUUAUUUGGUAUUGUUAUUUCUGCAUUGCUGUCUUUUGCCCGUUUUAUUAGGCUACUUGAGGCAUAUCGCAUUGUUUUUUUACUCAGGUAGGAGUUUGGUUUUUUCGACAGAGGCGAAUCUUAAUUUUGACAUUGUGUACUGGAAGUUUUUCUCUUUGUAGGAUAGUUUUCAAUUGAUUUUGUCAGUCUAAAAAUACUUAGUCUGCCACAGGAAGCUAAAGGUUACAUUUUAAUAGCAGAAACGUGUCCAACUUUCCACACGAGCUAUACGGCCAUUCAAAGGCUGUACUAAAAGGUAUUUAAUCAUGAACUGACAUCUUAAAAGUAGAUGAAUUUUUAUCCGCAAGAUUUUCUUUUUUUAUGUAGUUUUUAUAUCUGAGCUAGAAUUUUACAUAUACCCCAAAGGGGAAAAAUUUGUAUGAUAUUGUUAGUUUUUCAGACAAGCUUUGCUUUAGAUAGAAAAUUUGAAAAGUAGUAAUUAUAUUCUUACUUCUUUCAAAUUGUAUGGUGUGUCUCCACGUGAAA